AUGGACUUGACAGGCGACUGUAUCUGCUACCAUGAGCAGCUCGUUUUAGCUUACUGGUGGUUGGCACUAAACUCAUUCUGGGCUGCCGGGGUGCAGUAUCUGUAUAUCGACUGCAAGCAUGACAGUGGUGCGGAGAUGAGGUACCUAUACCAAGGCUACUGCAGCCAGCAGGCCUGCAAACACCCGAUCUGCGAGCACAAGUGCAUCGUCACAGGCAAAGACGGAUUCACUUUCCCUCCGGGACUCCGCAUCCCCACUAACUGGAUCUGUCUGAAUGAGAAGCACCUCCCCAAGGAGUCUAACACGCAGAUGGUUCACUCGAUUGGAGAGCUACUAAUCCCACAACUGGUUGAAUGUUACUGCAAAGCACCCGUCUUUAGCACAGAUGCAGUCUACGACCAGUGGGGCAGCCUGAUGGCGACCGAGUUCAUGCCGCAAAUGUAUGCAGACUGUCCCUAUGUGCCUCUGGCACCCAGACUGGUUCUGAACGUCAUUGAGCAGAGGGAGAUGGCGACGGCCGGAGUCAUGGAUGUCGCCGGUAUGGCUGCUUGGGAUCCUAUACUAGCGAAACUGAAAGCCAUCAUGGCUGCAGAGGAAAGCAAGCGGCCUCCACCUAUGGUAGCAUCAGAAAGCCAGUCAACACCACCAAAGGUCGAUGGUGGGCUCAAAAUAAGGGGCUCCGCAGGCACAAAGAAGAGAAAGGCUGCGAGGGUUGACGAGGAUGCGGUCAAGAAACCCAAGGCAGUCCGAACGUCGAAACGUCUCAGGGCCAAGAAGCAGUCCCCUCAGCCCACAAAAUAA